GGAGCCUUUGUGGAAACACUGUGAGAACAACACAGCAAAGUAUGAUACUGUCGUACACUUGGACGAAGUGGGUACCUGUUUGUUUCCCAUUGUCCACAAGCACGAGAUGAAGACAAGCACAUGUUGCAUGGGCAGCAGAACUUCAGUAGCCGUGUGUUCUCCAGUCAACCAGCAGACGGUGAAGUGAAGGAGCACUGAGCGCUCCGUUUUCCGAUAGGUCCACUGUGAUCACGUGAACACUUGCUUAUUCCACCGGGGGGACUCGUGGAGCCCUGAGCCGCCCCAUACUCCCCUACGCAGGGAGUGAUCCAACACAAACCACACGACAACGCUCGCGUCAGAUUUGGUCGUAUCAUUGAUGCUCGCAGCCAGGAAGAAGGUGCAAAAAGGGAUGGUCGUGUUGUUGGCUUGACCCAACCCUAUCUAGAAAAAACGACAUUUCAACUGGUGUUUGGCCACAGCCACGAUGCUGACUUGACGUGGAGACGUGAAUUCUUUCCUCCGUGGAUGCAACAGCUUCAAUGAACAGAUCUCAUCUCCUCUACGGCUGGAGUUAUUUUCUCAUCUUUUUUUUUUUUUUUUGAACUUUUGGAUUUUGACAUUUUGGGGAGGAUGAAACAGCGGAAAGAAUUGAGCUUUAAAUCACGUUCCAGUGCUUUUUCAAAGCUAGAAAUACAGCAACUGUGCUUGUGGAUGAAGUGCGUUUUGUUGUGAUGCGUCUCUCUUCCAUUUCCAAUCAAACGACUUCGGAUUUUAGCUGUUGGAUCUGUGCUUUCCCAGAAUGGCUCGUUUCACUGAAGAUCUCCCCACCCGCUAUGGAGGGAGCACAGGCGGCGGCGCCGGCGCUGGAGGAGGAGCAGGGAGAGGAGCGCCGGGCGCAGGAAGAGGGGGAGCCCGCGGUGGAGGCGCUCCGAGCGGCCAAAGGAUGUACAAGCAGUCGAUGGCUCAGAGAGCCCGGACAAUGGCCAUUUACAACCCGAACCCCGUUAAGCAAAAUUGCUUGACUGUCAACCGCUCCCUCUUCAUCUUCCGGGAGGACAACGUGAUCAGGAAAUAUGCCAAACGUAUAACAGAGUGGCCUCCAUUUGAAUACAUGAUCUUGGCUACAAUCAUCGCCAACUGCAUCGUCUUGGCCCUGGAGCAACAUCUACCUGCCAGUGACAAAACACCCAUGUCGGAGCGCCUGGACGACACAGAGCCCUACUUUAUUGGAAUAUUCUGUUUCGAGGCAGCCAUUAAGAUCAUCGCCCUGGGCUUUGCAUUCCAUAAAGGCUCCUACCUCCGUAACGGAUGGAAUGUAAUGGACUUUGUGGUCGUUCUCACUGGGAUCCUGGCAAAAGUGGGCUCCGACUUUGACCUUCGAACACUGCGGGCUGUGAGAGUGCUGCGACCCCUCAAACUCGUGUCCGGGAUCCCCAGCCUCCAAGUGGUGUUGAAGUCAAUAAUGAAAGCCAUGGUGCCAUUGCUUCAGAUCGGCCUGCUGCUUUUCUUUGCUAUUGUCAUGUUUGCCAUCAUCGGGGUGGAGUUUUACAUGGGCAAAUUCCACACUACCUGCUUCAACAUCGACACAGGUGAAAAAGCAGCAGAAUGGCCUUGUGGUCUCGAGCCUCCAGCAAGGUUGUGUCCCAAUGGGACCCAGUGCAGAGAAUACUGGACCGGACCCAAUUUUGGCAUUACCAACUUUGACAACAUCCUGUUUGCCGUGCUUACGGUGUUCCAGUGCAUCACAAUGGAGGGCUGGGUCGACGUCCUCUACAGUACCAACGAUGUGGCAGGAAACACAUGGAAUUGGCUCUACUUCAUCCCUCUCAUCAUCAUUGGCUCUUUCUUCAUGCUCAACUUGGUGCUUGGUGUGCUAUCAGGAGAGUUUGCCAAAGAGAGAGAGCGGGUGGAGAAAAGACAGGAGUUCCUCAAGCUUCGAAGGCAGCAACAAAUUGAGAGAGAGCUUACGGGAUACCUAGAAUGGAUCUGCAAAGCCGAGGAGGUGUUGCUAGAGGAGGAGGAGGAGAUUGCAGAGGAGAAGUCACCUCUGGAUGGUGCGUGGUACAAGAGGAAACAAAAUCUGCCAGUCCUGAAACGAAGCAAAAUUAAGAAGGGUAAAAAUGACCUGAUCGGUGCUGAAGAAGGGGAAGAUCCAUUUGCUGACAUCUCCUCUGUUGCUCCCCCUGGUUCUCCCUUUGGUCGGGCCAGUGUGAAAAGCAGCACAAAGAUGGACAGCUCGUCUUAUUUUCGUCGGAAGGAGAAGCGGACUCGUUUCUUUAUCCGGCGAAUGGUAAAAGCACAGAGCUUCUACUGGAUCGUUCUGUGUCUGGUUGGCCUGAACACUCUGUGCGUGGCCAUAGUCCACUACGAUCAACCCGCGUGGCUUACAACAGCCCUGUACACAGCAGAGUUUGUUUUCUUGGGUUUGUUUCUCACCGAGAUGACCUUGAAGAUGUAUGGCCUUGGACCACGGAAUUAUUUCCACUCCUCUUUCAACUGCUUUGAUUUUGGGGUGAUUGUGGGAAGUAUUUUUGAGGUGAUCUGGGACAUGAUCAAGCCCGGAGCAUCAUUUGGAAUCAGUGUGUUGAGAGCACUGAGACUGCUAAGAAUCUUCAAAGUCACUAAGUAUUGGAACUCCCUGAGGAACCUUGUGGUCUCUCUUCUUAAUUCCAUGAAGUCAAUUAUCAGUUUACUUUUCCUGCUCUUUCUAUUCAUCGUUGUCUUCGCUCUGCUGGGCAUGCAGCUCUUUGGAGGACAAUUCAACUUUGAGGAUGAAACACCUACAACAAACUUUGAUACCUUUCCAGCGGCCAUCCUCACUGUGUUUCAGAUUUUAACUGGGGAAGACUGGAAUGCAGUGAUGUACCAUGGCAUAGAGUCACAAGGAGGUGUUCGCCGUGGAAUGUUUUCUUCCGUCUACUUCAUUGUCCUUACACUUUUUGGAAACUACACCCUGCUGAAUGUCUUCUUGGCUAUCGCUGUUGAUAAUCUUGCAAAUGCACAGGAGCUAACAAAGGAUGAAGAAGAACAGGAGGAGGCAGCCAAUAAGAAGCUUGCUCUGCAGAAGGCUUUGGAGGUGAAGGAAGUCAGUCCCAUGUCAGCAGCCAACAUCUCAAUCGCUGCUUUUGUAAAGCAAAAUCGAGAUGCAAUCUCUCGCAGGUCGUCCAUCAACAGCAUUCAGUCACUUAAGGAACAGCAACGAACAGCCAAAACCAUGUCAGUGUGGGAGCAGAGGACCAACCAACUGAGGAGACACAACAUAAGAGCUAGCAACGAGGCUUUGUUUAAUGAACUCGACCCAGAGGAACGCCUACGACUGUCCUCUGUUCUCCAUCUCCAUCCUGACAUGAUGACUCACCUGGAUAGACCCCUUGUGGUAGAGUCCAGGAACAGCGACCUUACUAACAGGCCACCUGAAGAGGGAGAGCAAGACAGCACGGGAGACAACUUCCAUUCGCACACCAGGAAGCACCAUCGCCAACGGGACAGGAACGGCGAGGGCAGGGAUGGAUGUGAUGGUCGUGCGACAAGGCAUCACAUUCAUCACAGCCGGAGCAAAGAUCACAAUAGCAAUGGCGCUCAGACUAAGGAGAGGAGAGGGGAGAGUAGCCACAGUCGGGAUGAGGGGCAGCGACGCAGGCGGCAUCAUCACACGGGCUCCCCGGAAGAGGAGAUCUCUGAUGCACGAGGAGGAGGGCAAGAGAGAGGGCAUCGCCACCACCACUCACACCGUACAGCGAAAGAGGGAAAUGGGACAUUAGCGAACGGUGCCCAUGGAGAGCGCAGAGGCCGGGGAAGGGGAGGGGAAGGUAACGGAGAGAAAAAAGGACGUUGCUCUCGAAUGGUCAGAGCGCAGUCGACUCUGGAUGGAGACGAAAGCAAAAAGUGCAAGAAAAGUCAUAGGGAGAUGCUGUCUGAUGGUGAGGAGGAGGUUCUUGCCACUAGUCCUCUCAGUCUUGGAGACAAGCAAGAAGACGCUGAUAACCAAAAGAACUCCACAAGAGCCAGCCAGGCUGGCCUUAACAGUAACACAAUUCACAUCCCUGUCACCAUAACUGCCCCGCCUGGAGAGACAACCAUUAUUCCCAUGAAUAAUAUUGAGUGCGGCAACUUUGGAGUCAGCGAGGAGAAGAAAGCUCUGGAAGAAGACGAUGCUGUCAAUAGGCCCCGGCAAAUCCUCCCCUAUAGUUCCAUGUUCAUUUUUGGACAAACAAACCCGGUACGGCGGCUGUGUCACUACGUGGUCAACCUGCGCUACUUUGAAAUGUGCAUCCUGAUGGUCAUUACCAUGAGCAGCAUCGCCUUGGCAGCUGAGGAUCCUGUGCAAUCCAAUGCACCGCGUAACAAUGUGCUCAAGUAUCUGGAUUAUGUAUUCACUGGAGUGUUUACAUUUGAGAUGGUGAUUAAGAUGAUUGACUUGGGACUGCUCCUCCACCCUGGGUCCUAUUUUCGUGAUUUAUGGAACAUUCUCGACUUCAUUGUGGUCAGUGGCGCUCUUGUGGCAUUCGCCUGCUCAGGGACAAAAGGCAAGGACAUCAACACCAUUAAGUCCCUGAGGGUCCUCCGAGUCUUGCGGCCACUCAAAACCAUUAAACGUCUGCCCAAACUAAAGGCUGUGUUCGACUGUGUUGUGAAUUCUCUGAAGAAUGUUCUCAACAUCCUCAUCGUAUACAUCCUCUUCAUGUUCAUCUUUGCUGUUAUCGCUGUGCAGCUUUUUAAAGGCAAAUUUUUCUACUGCACUGAUGAGUCCAAGGGUCUAGAGAAAGACUGCAGGGGUCAGUUUCUGGACUAUGACAAAGUGGAACGCGGACGUGAUGUGGAAGCUCAGCCCAGAGAGUGGAAGAAAUACGAGUUCCAUUACGAUAACGUCCUCUGGGCUUUCUUAACGCUAUUCACCGUCUCCACGGGAGAAGGCUGGCCCCUAGUGCUGAAGCAUUCAGUGGAUGCCACCUAUGAGGACCAGGGUCCCAGCCCAGGUUUUCGCAUGGAGACAUCUAUAUUCUAUGUGGUGUACUUUGUAGUGUUCCCGUUCUUCUUUGUCAACAUAUUUGUGGCUUUGAUUAUCAUCACUUUUCAAGAGCAAGGAGACAAAGCCAUGUCUGAGUGUAGCCUGGAAAAGAAUGAGAGGGCUUGCAUUGACUUUGCCAUAAAUGCCAAGCCGUUGACAAGAUACAUGCCGGAGAACAAGCAAUCCUUCCAGUAUAAGAUGUGGAAAUUUGUGGUGUCACCUCCAUUUGAAUAUGCUAUCAUGACUUUAAUUGCCCUCAACACUGUCGUGCUGAUGAUGAAGUUUUAUGGAGCACCCGACCUAUAUGAGUCCAUGCUGAAAUACUUGAACAUCGUCUUCACUGCCCUCUUCACUCUUGAGUGCAUCCUUAAGAUUAUUGCCUUUGGUCCACUGAAUUACUUGAAAGCAGCCUGGAAUGUGUUUGACUUUGUAACGGUGCUGGGAAGCAUCACAGACAUCCUGGUGACAGAGAUUAAGGACAAGAUGAUUAACCUGAGCUUCCUGAGGCUGUUCAGAGCAGCCCGGCUCAUCAAACUGCUACGGCAGGGCUACACUAUUCGCAUUUUGUUGUGGACGUUCGUGCAGUCCUUCAAGGCCCUGCCUUAUGUUUGCCUGCUCAUUGCAAUGCUCUUCUUCAUCUAUGCCAUCAUUGGAAUGCAGGUGUUUGGUAACAUUGAGCUGAACGAGGAGACCUCAAUAAAUCACCACAACAACUUCCAGACCUUUUUCCAGGCUUUAACUCUUCUGUUCAGGAGUGCCACUGGUGAAGCGUGGCAUGAAAUUAUGCUUUCAUGUCUCAGUAAUCGGUCAUGUGACAAACUCUCAGGAACUACCGGGAAAGAGUGCGGAAGUGACUUUGCCUAUUUCUACUUUGUCUCCUUCAUUUUCCUCUGCUCCUUCUUGAUGCUAAACCUAUUUGUUGCUGUCAUCAUGGACAACUUUGAGUAUCUGACCAGGGAUGCUUCCAUCUUGGGUCCUCAUCACCUUGAUGAGUUCAUCCGUGUAUGGGCAGAGUAUGACCCAGCUGCAUGUGGCCGUAUGAGUUAUCGUGAUAUGUACGAGAUGCUACGAGACAUGUCCCCUCCUCUAGGUUUGGGAAAGAAAUGCCCACCCCGCAUCGCCUAUAAGCGUUUGGUGAGGAUGAACAUGCCUAUUGCAGAGGACAACACAGUUCAUUUCACCUCCACACUCAUGGCUCUGAUUCGCACAGCCCUCGAGAUCAAGCUGGCAUCUGGAGUCUUAGCACAGCAUCUAUGUGAUAUUGACCUGAAAAGGGAAUUAAACAGAGUUUGGCCGAGCUUGUCACAGAAGACUCUUGACCUGCUGGUGACGCCACACAAAUACAAUGAGCUGACUGUGGGGAAAGUGUAUGCAGCUCUCAUGAUCUUUGAUUACUAUAAGCAGAAUCGAGCCAAGAGACUUCAGCAGCAGCAUCCAUCAGGAGGAGUUCAGAGUAAACUGGGAGCGUUGUUUCGUCCAAUACUUCCCCUUGGUCAUUUCAAGGAAGUAGACCCCCCGAUACCCAGUCCCAAACAGCUAUUACCUCUACACCCUGAAUCAGAAGCAAAGACAUCACCUCUUCCGCCUGUCAGAACCACUACCACCACCUUGGUUAACAAGGACACAAUGCUUGACCAGAAGAGUUCCAUUAAACAUUCCCAGUCUGGAGAUGUUUCUUUGACAGCACUGAAACCCAAAGGCCGGAGGAAACUACCAAGAGGCCAGUCGGAAGAUGUACAGUGUUCUGCAAGGCCUCAGGAAGUGGUUGAAAUGAAGCCAGUUGAGAACAUCUCAGACACCGAGGCAUACCCAAGUCUGGAUGGUCAUGGCCGAGCAGCUUCUCUGCCUCGGCUCAAUGCAGAGUAUUACCGGAGCCACCCUCGCCACGCCCCUGGGACCCACCUGGCACCAAUUGUUGACCUCAGUCCCAUAAGACGCUCAGCUUCCUCGCUGACCCCACAGCACAACCAGGAAGUGAUUCUUAAGGAUUAUAACCUGAUACGACCAGGCCAACAUCCAUCAUCAGCAGGAUCUGGAGCAGUCCAAGGCCAGGACCGAGUCCAUCAUCAUCAUCACCACCACCGCUGCCACAGACGUAGGGACAAGGACAAAGAGAAAAAGCAGAAAUCCCUAGAUAGAGCUACAUCGGUGCAGCCACCAAGUACUGUUGACCCCUCGGCCGAAGGUAUGUCUAGAGAACGAGCAAGGGAGCGUGACCGCAGUCGCCCGCACGAGAGAAGGCAUCAUUCCUCUGCAGGCGAGAAACAACGCUACUACUCCUGCGAGCGUUAUGGCUCCAGAGAGACAAGCCACGCUAAAUCAGCCGGUCCAAGCCGAUCCACAUCUCCAGGAGAGGGACAAGACACCGCCAUCCUUAAACAAUAUGGUAGCACUGUGGGUAAAGCCGCCCCAUCUGGUUCAAGCACAUCGGGUCGUGGUCGCAGGCAGCUCCCCCAAACACCCCUCACUCCUCGUCCUGCCGUGGCCUAUAAGACUGCAAACUCCUCCCCCCUCUCUUCUGCUGCCAGCACCACUAUGGCUGGACACCACACUCGUGUCAGCCGUGGCCUUUCAGAACACGACCGCCUGCACGGGGACACUGACCGCUCCCCGAUACCGGUGACCUGCAUUGGUUCUGAUCCAAAUUUAGCCCAUCAGCUGCAGGGAGCUUCUCAACAAGCGCUUUUGGAAGACAUGGAGGACUUCCAGGACGCUGUUAGCAGCCAAGUAUUAUCGCACUCUGCCAGAGCUGGCGCCUCAGCAACCACCUCAUCUUCCCAUGAUGCUGCCGCUGUGCCCGUCACAGCGGCGGCCACGCAAGAGCGUGCAGAUGUGGUACCUAACGGGUACCACUUCACCUUUGGGGUAAAUUCUGCAUCAAACAGCAGAGGAACACGAAGCCUCAGGGAGAGAGAGGAUGAGGACUGGUGCUAACAUGCUUAGAUACUAGAGAGGGUUUUCCUAUCCACUGAUGAAGGAGCAGCUUGUCUGUGUUGCUCUUGUCAGGUCGCGUGAGCUGGUCAGAGGCUAGCAGGCUUGGAUUGAGGUAAAGUGAAAACUAGCCAGUUGAAAGUGCUGUUAAAGGGGUCCAUUGAAGCGUCUCCUUCCAACACAGAGAAGUGUGGAAGGAUAGAAAAUGAUGACUUUUUCUAACCUUUUUUUUAACCCUUCCUACAAAAUGAUUCUGAAUACCCUUCAAUAUUUUGCCUUGGCCAGUGGUGUUGAAGUUUAAAAGCCCGAAUUUGGAAAAGCUAUGUUUUACAAUCCAAAUGCCUCAUUCUCGAUCUCCCUGGAUGCUUUACUUUGUCUUGACAAAUAAGGCGGAGGUUUAGAUGGAACUUGCUAGCACCAAACAUCUGAUGGAAUAGAGUCAUUAUCGACCAAGAUGAUCUUAUGUCGGUCUUGGAACUUUUCUGAUUAUUAAUGCAAAGAUCAGCAAGUGUCACUUUGAGGCAAAACAACAACUACAACAAAGGAGCCACUUUCAUGGCCAAGCUUUAUUCAAAUUGGGGGUCCACGCAGGGACUUGGACAACAAUUUUACAACAUGUGGCCGAAUACUAAGUGCCUCAUUUUACAAGAUGUGAGCAGUAGUCUGGCUUCUUGAGUGGAUGAUCUGUGUUGAACACACAGUCAAGCAUGUGCACAGGUGAGGAAUACUGGACAACUUAAAGCUGUUUGGAUCUGUUGUAAUGGUCUAGAUAAAAACAAAAACAAAACAAAAAAAUCCCCAAAAACAUUUUUAUAUACUGAGUCCUGUAGUUGGUGAACCCACACUGAAGAUCCAAAGUCAGCGAUGUAGUGCAUGCCGAGGUCUUGAACAUGUCGAUUUGUGUCUGUACUUUAUUUAAGGGUGUGUGCUAAGCAUUUGCCUUCUUCAAACACACUGCCAGUCCAUUGGUAAGAAACAGUCUCCAAAAGGACAAAAGUGCCAUUUUUUAAACUGUAACUCAAGUCAGAAACAAAUGUCCUCCAGUAGAGCUGAUUCUAUUAAAAAAAAAGCCACAUGCUUGUUUUUGUUGUUUUUGUUUUGUUCUGGCUCUAACAGGUGAACCUCAUAUUUGGUUUAUUGUUUUAGUUCUCAUCCUUUUCUUAAUACUUUUCUAUCAUGCCCACAGGAUGGACAAAAGAGAGGAAUGGAGGAAUAAUUUCUAUACAAUCGGUAUACCGAAAAAACUGCUCUUUAAAGUCACAGUGGUCACAAUGAUUUACUAGAUAUGUUGUAAUAGUGAUCAUCUUUUUGCAUCUUGUUGGUUAUUGAUAUUUAUACUUUCACUACAUUAUUAAAUUGUUGUUGGUAAUCAUUGUGAGAAAUCAUAAACAUGUCAUUUGAGCGAAUAUUGUUUCAGAAGUGUGUAACAAAAUUGAUAGCCUUUUGCAGUACUUAGUAUGUAAUCGGCUUGUGACCCCUAAUCCAAUAAAAUGACCACUACUGAAGUAUUGACGAACUAAAUACAGUAAUCCCUCGUUUAUCGCGGAUAAUUGGUUCCAAAAACCACCCGCGAUAAGUGAAAUCCGCGAAGUACGGUCGGUCACCAACAAGAAGUACUGGGCAGGCUAACGAGUUAGCGGAAAGAUGCUAAUUCGCAAUCGUACUAACAUGCGAAAACGGACUUUUAAAGGAAUGUAAACGAAUAUUUGGAGCAAUACUACAUUGUCCUAAAGGUUAGACUCCUCAAUUUAGAAGUUUUACUUGGACUUUUAAAUUGUUUUUUAAUUUGGGGAAAAAAAUCCGCGAUGUAGUGAAGCCGCGAUAAACGAAACGCGAAGUAGCGAGGGAUCACUGUAUACCAAAGAUUAGAUAACAAUAACAACAUUUGAUUAGAAAAUAUCACUCCUCAAUCUAAUUUACUACUAUUUAAACGCAACGAAUAAAUCCCGCUCCUUCUUAUGUGAAGCGCAUGUUCUUUAGGCGCUUGCGUGAGUUUUCUGCGAGUACUUCCUCUUACAUGUCAAAAACAUGCAUGUUCCUUUAAGUACCCCACCUCUUACCCAAAGUCACCCAAUGAGGGCUAGCCAAGCGCUGUAUAAAAUAGAUGGAUUGAUGAUGAUGUAUUAGGCCUCAUACUUCCAGAUUCAGUGUGCAAUUAAAGGUUUAUAUUCCGUUUUGUUUUGUGGAUUUGGAUUGCCACUAUUCUGUUGGUGGUGUGCGGAAGACUGGAGGCAUCUGUGGCCCACCUGGCACAUUCCUAAUGUGUUUUUACUGUCGUUUCCUUACUCAUCCCUUGCCACUAAAACCACAUUUGUUUUCGAGUUUUUAAACAUAUGUUGCAAAUUAUUUGGUACUAUUAAGAAGGAUGCCGUCUUUAUGCAGUUUUGUGAAGGAAUUUAGGGUUUGUUGGUUGGAGAGCCAUGUAGCCAAUGUUUUGUUCUUUGUUUGUUUUGUGUUUGUUGGGUACUUAGACCUAAAAAAUGAUUCACAGACAAAAUGUUCUUUUUUUUCUUUAAAAAGGUUGAAUGUGGCACAAUGGGUUGUUUAUGCUGCAUGCCUGUACACCCUUUUUAAAUCUAUCGCUGCCUUCCCUUGCAAUGACUGUUGUUCAGCUCCUAAAUUGUCAUUCUGAGUACAUAAAAUUGGAUGAACGUUAUAUCUGUUCCCUGUGCUUUACUGUCACAUUUACAUACAGUCUGAGCAAAUUGAGACCCUUAAAGCAAUUUUACCUUCUAAUUCCAUCCCACUUCUCCCCCUCCCAAAUGUGUCGUAAAUACAAAGUGACCAUAGCACAUGCCAUUUCACAACCUUUAUUAAUAGGAAUCAGUCAACAAGCUGUAAUCAUUCAUUCAUUCAUCUUCUGACCCGCUUAUUCCCACGAGGGUUGUGGCCGCGCUGGAGCCUAUACCAGCACCAGCAUAAUAAAAUGAAAUAUUAAAUAAAUAAAUACAUAAAUACUAAAGAUAACAUCAAAACCAAAAUAAAUAAAAUAAAUCCUAAGUUAACAUACAGUGCAAAGUCAUCAAUUACAUCAUACAAUAAAUGUUGUGCAAUGUCAUGAUUGACACUUUUAUGACCUCCAAGAUACUUAAAGCGCUCUUGCGGCAUUAAUGAGCAAAGAUAAAUCUUAAUCAGCUUCAUUUUUUAAGAGCUCUGCUCAGCAAAGUUGAUGAAAUGUGAAGAGUGACACCAAUGCGGAGGGCAAUCCAAAGAUUUGCAUGGAUUUUAUUUGGAUUGUAAUAAUAUUAAUAAUAAUAAACUAGAAAGUACUGCACUUGCUACUACACGACUAUCUAUUAUUAUAAAUUGUACUAGCCCACUACUACUAUUAGUACAAAAGUACCAACAUAAACUGAAAGGAUAUAAAUUUACCGGUUAAGUGAUGUUUUUACUGGAACAAAUGUGUUGAAUGCAUUUUAUACACAACCACAAAAAGCUCAUUUUACUACUAAUUUUUUUAAUCCGGUGAAGGCCAACAUACAUGACGAAAUAUUGAAUUCAUAUUAAUUGGGGCAGCUGGAGGAGAGUUGGGGAUCGUCGGCCAAUACAGAUUUUUGAUUUCAACAAAAGCACAACUUCCUCGCUUUUUUUUUUUUUUAACAAUUGCUCGCUCCUUGACCCAUGAUGUAGUUUGGAUGACAUAUCAAGUCCUGCUCUACAAGUGCAGGUUGAGUCUUUCCUCUGAUUGCUCAGAUGUUGUGUCCCGUCAUUGCCACAAAUGACAAUUUCCUUAACUCCUUUCCAAACUCCUUUUUCCUUAAGACAUUGGUGCUAAUUUGCGCACCUCCUCAAGACAAUUAUUUCUUUGGGUGUGAUAUCACAUUUUGUCAUAUCCAAACCUUACCACCAGAAAUCAUGCAUUGUUUAUCAUACCCAAUUGUGUUGCAAUUUUGGCUGUGUCAGUAACACUUGUCUCAUUCUUUGACUGACACUCAGUUUGACUUCAGGCAUGUGUUGGAUUUGUGCUUCAAAGAGAGAUAAUAUUUUCAAUCUCAAACUUGAAUAGGGUGCCAAAUGUCUUCUUUCGUCAUUUACUAUGUCUUCCCCAUUGGACAUUUCCUGUCUGCAUGUUCUUAAAAGAAAUUUGCAUGUACAAAAAUGGAAAAAAAAAGUUUGACUUCAAUACAUCCAUGACUUCAAUAAUUAGCCUGUUGUCUUUCUGAUGCUUUGCACAACCAAUGUGUAAACCUAACGGACUUGAAAGUCACUGUUUCUACCAGUCCCCCCUCCCAAAAAAUGGAAAUGUACUUGCAGAGUGGUUCUAAAGUGUCUCAAUCCUUCGCUGCCUGAUCUGUUACUUGACUGUCUCCUGCACAGUCAAAAUGUACCAAGUUUUGUAUGAGUCUAAAACAUUGAAUAAAGAAGAAUGAUGAUGAAAACUUGAA